GCCAGUGGACAGCGAGUUCGGCUGUGUUUAACAAAAGGAAAACAUAGCUAGUACAUAAUUUUUUAUUCCGCGAAGUUACAUUGUGAAUACAUGCUAUUUUCUUACUGAACUAAACAGUCAAAGAUCAAGUAUUACAGUAAAAUGUUAUGUUGCAUGUGACCCAUAGCACGGGUUGCAUUUAGUAAUAUGCACAGUAAUCACGUUAUCUACAAUUUACAGUGUAUUUGUAUCGUAGGUUAUGGAUGUCGCCGCUCUGACUAUGAAAAUUUUAGUUUCUGUAAAAAUUAUCGUAGUAUAAUAUUGUCAUUUGCACUUUCUGAUAGACCUUGAAUGUAGAUGGUCAGUAUGCCUUGUACCUGUGGAAACUGGAGGAGGUGGAUUCGUCCCUUGGUCGUGGUUUUGUAUAUUUUGGCGUUAUUGGUGGUCCUUCCAUUUUGUGUCUGGGAGCUGCAGAAGUCAGAGGUUGGGACACACACCAAAGCAUGGUUUAUUGCUGGGAUCUUUGUGUUUAUGACAAUACCAAUAUCACUCUGGGGGAUCCUGCAGCAUCUAGUAAACUAUACUCAGCCUGAGCUGCAGAAACCCAUAAUCAGGAUAUUAUGGAUGGUGCCUAUAUACAGUUUGGACAGUUGGAUUGCUUUGAAAUAUCCAAACAUUGCAAUCUAUGUGGACACCUGCAGAGAGUGCUAUGAAGCCUAUGUAAUUUACAACUUUAUGAUAUUUCUUCUGAACUACCUGAGCAACCAGUAUCCCAGUCUGGUGUUAAUGCUGGAAGCCAAAGAACAGCAGAGACAUCUCCCCCCUCUGUGCUGCUGUCCAUCAUGGCCCAUGGGAGAGGUUCUGCUAUUCAGAUGCAAGCUUGGAGUGCUGCAGUACACAGUUGUUAGACCUUUCACCACUGUUAUAGCACUAAUUUGCCAGCUAUGUGGAGUGUAUGAUGAAGGAAACUUCAGCACCAAAAAUGCUUGGACCUACCUGGUGGUUUUCAACAAUUUAUCACAACUGUUUGCCAUGUACUGCCUUGUGCUCUUUUAUAAGGCACUGAGGGAGGAGCUGAAACCUAUCCAUCCAGUUGGGAAAUUCCUCUGUGUGAAACUGGUUGUAUUUGUGUCCUUCUGGCAAGCUGUUUUUAUUGCGUUUCUGGUUAAAGUUGGGAUUAUUUCUGAAUCUCACACCUGGGACUGGGACAGUGUGGAAGCUGUUGCAACAGGUUUACAGGACUUUGUCAUCUGUGUGGAGAUGUUUCUUGCUGCAAUAGCUCACCACUACAGCUUCACAUACAAACCUUAUGUACAAGAAGCUGAGGAGGGCUCAUGUUUCGACUCCUUUCUUGCCAUGUGGGAUAUUUCUGACAUUAGAGCUGACAUAUCAGAACAAGUGCGCAAUGUUGGGAGAACAGUUUUAGGCCGCCCUCGGAAAAUGUAUUUUUCAGAAGAACAGGAACACAACGAGCACACCAGCCUUCUAUCCGGUGGAGCCCAGGAGCCUGCCACAGAUGUCUCUUCUAUGCCACCUUCCCCCACAGGCCGCUAUCAAGGGUUUGGGCAGACGAGCAUGACUCCUCACUCUUUAUCAGCACCUGCGGGGCUCUUCAGCUCUGCCAGUGACACACAGUAUGAAGAUUUCCCAAAUUCACUGCCCCAGGAGACUAAGGAACUUCCGGAUCAGGACAAUCGCACAGAGUCUUGAUCACUUACACACUAAAUGCCCUUGUUCUAUUUUGAUGUCUAAAAACUGUUUAUGCCAUUUAAGGUAUGCUCUAAUGCAAGGUUUCCCAAAGUUUUGGUGAUGGAGGGCCAAUUUCCAGAGGUUGCAUGGGAUGGGGGGCACAAGAAAAUGUACCACU